AUGCAGUACACACCGUUUAUCUCUGAUAUAGAGUUGCCAUUCUACUCGUCCCUGGCCUCGCUCAAGGUCGACCAUGACAAGCUCGAUGACUCUGCGCGCAAGGUUUUGGGCCUGUAUGAAAUAAAACCGUCUGAUCGCCCAGAAGAGUCCUGUCGCAUGCAGAUACUAGGAAAUGCUUUGCUUAAAGACGAUGUCCCAGCAGGUUACUAUCGAGCGGAGGGUAUGAUCAAAAAUGUGAACACAAUAGAGGAAUACCGGAAUGCAGAUAAGCCGGCGAUAUUACAGCUAGCAGGAAAGACUGUAGUUCUUUCAUUUGCAGACCUCAAGAAGUACAAAUUUUCUUACUGGUUUGCUUUCCCAGCCAUACACUCCAGUCCGCCGUGGGUGCCAACAGCAAGCCCCAUCAACAAGGACGAGACGGACUCCACUGGUGAGAAGAAGCCUGCCAGUCACGCAUCACAGCAGUUGACUGAGCCUGAGACUGUGAAUUUGGUGGAGGCUGUACAGACUUGGCGGUAUGGCGUUGAUGCUCGUCAGCAUGGCUUUUUCCUUGCCAAAAAGGUGUGGGUGGCCGCAGACCAGAAGCCACUAAAGGGUCCAUAUGAGUGGCAGAUUUCACCACUUUCUGGGUAUGAGGAGGGGUUUUUCGAUAACUCCAAGGAGGGAGAUCGCUAUGUCUGUUUUGCUGACCCUUCCAACUACGAUGAUGCGCCAAGCUGGGUGUUAAGAAACCUUCUGGUUCUUGUACAGAAAAGGUGGAAGCUUAACAAAGUCCAAAUCAUGCGGUAUCGAGACUUGCACUCAAGACGAGACCAGGGGAGGACUUUGAUAAUGACACUGGAAACCGACAACUCUCAAACGAGCACUACCACCGAAGGGGGUGACGCUCAACCAGCAUUGCCGAAGAUCACAGGGUGGGAACGAAAUCCUGCAGGAAAGCUUGCCGGUCGAACAGUUGACCUCAAAGAAUACAUGGAUCCUCAAAGACUGGCCGACCAAUCCGUAGACUUGAACCUCAAGUUAAUGAAAUGGAGGAUCAGUCCAAAUCUUAACCUAGAAGACAUCAAGAAAACAAAAUGCCUAUUGCUAGGUGCGGGGACACUUGGAAGCUAUGUUGCGAGAAACUUGCUUAUGAACGGGAUAAUAGCUAAUUUCAUGUUCCAGGGCUGGGGUGUGAACAAAGUGACAUUUGUCGACAAUGGUUCUGUUUCAUUUUCGAAUCCAGUCAGGCAGCCUCUGUUCAACUUUAAGGACUGUCUUGGGGGAGGUGCAAAGAAGGCUUUUCGUGCUGCUGAGGCCCUCAAGGAGAUAUACCCAGGUGUUGACUCGACUGGGCAUGUUCUCUCGGUACCGAUGGCAGGACACCCGGUGGUAGAUGAAGAUAAGGCAAAAGCAGAAUUUGAGCUGCUUAAGAAACUUGUCGAGGAGCAUGAUGCCAUAUUUCUGUUGAUGGAUACCCGAGAAUCCCGAUGGCUUCCAACAUUGCUAGGCAAAGCAAAUGGAAAAAUAGUUUUGAACGCCGCUCUAGGGUUUGACACGUUCGUAGUAAUGCGUCAUGGCUCCUUAACGACAGCAGGGUCAAAGGAUGGACUUGGAUGCUAUUUUUGCAACGAUGUUGUUGCACCAGGGAAUUGCACUGUCACGCGACCGGGUAUUGCUGCAAUUGCAUCCGCUCUUUUGGUAGAGCUCUUCGUCUCUAUUGUCCAGCACCCACAAGGCGCUGAUGCUCCAGCAACUACCGCACCGGACGAAGACAACACUGAAAGCCCUCAUCCGCUCGGCAUAGUACCUCAUCAAAUCAGAGGGUAUCUUUCCAGAUUUAAUAAUGUUAUUGUCACUGGCAAAGAUUAUUCAUGUUGCAGUGCCUGCUCCGGUCGGAUUAUAGACCUGUACUUGCAAGAUGGCUGGGAUUUUGUGAAGAGAGCUAUGAAUGAGAAAUCAUAUAUCGAGGAAGUAAGCGGGCUCAAAGAGGUAGGUUAA